GACGCGGGGGCGCGGCCGCUCCCCCGGGCCGGAGCGGAGCCGGAGCGGAGCCGCAGCCGCGGGCGGGCACAAGGAGGACUCCUGUCAGCCCAGCUGUUUCACUGCUCCCUGAACAGGUGAAGCCAGCCCUGAGAGGGACUUCACUCACCUUUUAAUGAACACCAAAAAACAGCACUGCCACGGCCUCCUACCCAGCAGAGCUGCUCCCCAGAGCCAGAGGGAUGGUGGUAGUCACGGGGCAGAGCAAAGCGAGUGCCACCCCGGAUGAUGCCAUGUCGAGCUCGGAUGCAGAGGAUGAUUUCCAAGAGCCGGCCACUCCCACCGCCAGCCAGGCAGGACAGGCGCUACCUCUGCUGCCUCAGCAGUUCCCAGAAGUUGUCCCCCUGAACGUGGGGGGGAUGUUUUUCACCACCAGGCUGUCGACGCUGCGCAGGUACGAGGACACCAUGCUGGCAGCCAUGUUCAGUGGCAGGCACUACAUCCCCACCGACGCCGAGGGCAGGUACUUCAUCGACAGGGAUGGCACCUACUUUGGAGACAUACUAAACUUCCUACGAUCUGGUGACCUGCCCCCCCGAGAGCGAGUGAGGUCAGUGUACAAGGAGGCUCAGUAUUAUUCCAUAGGACCCUUGCUAGACAAUCUAGAGGAUAUCCAGCCUCUUAAAGGAGAAAAAGUUAGACAAGCUUUCCUGGGCCUAAUGCCAUAUUACAAAGAGCACCUGGAGCGGAUCAUCGAGAUCGCCAAGCUGCGGGCCAUGCAGAGGAAGGCCAGGUUUGCCAAGCUGAAGGUGUGUGUGUUCAAGGAGGAGAUGCCCAUCACCCCCUACGAGUGCCCCCACUUCAACUCGCUGCGCUUCGAGCGCAGCGAGAGCGAGCCCAAGCUCUUUGAGCACCACUGCGAGGUGGACGUGUCCUUCGGGCCCUGGGAGGCCGUGGCUGAUGUCUACGACCUGCUGCACUGCAUUGUCACUGACCUGUCUGCCAGGGGCAUCACUGUGGACCACCAGUGCAUUGGGGUGUGUGACAAGCACCUCAUCAACCACUACUACUGCAAGCGCCCCAUCUACGAGUUCAAGAUCACCUGGUGGUGAGCUGGGCUCACUGCGGGCUCCCAGAGGACAAAGGUUCUUUCAGGAUCGUCUGGUGGUGAGUUGUGGUGGCACAGAGAGGGGUGGAAGGACUUCUAGAGGACAAAGGUUCUUUCAAGAUCACCUGGUGGUGAGUUGUGGUGGCACAGAGAGGGGUGGAAAUACUUCUAGAGGACAAAGGUUCUUUCAGGAUCGUCUGGUGGUGAGUUGUGGUGGCACAGCAAGGGGUGGAAGGACUUCUAGAGGACAAUUGUCCUGUAAAAAAGCACCUGGUGGUGAGUGUGAAAGGACUCCCAGAGGACAAACGUUCUUUCAAGAUCACUGGUGGUGAGUUGUGGUGGCACAGAGGACUUCUAGAAAUGAAACAUCUUGAAAUAUUCUUUCAGGAUCACCUGGUGGUGAGGUGUUGUGGCACAGCAAGGGGUGGAAGGACUUCUAGAGGACAAAUGUCCUGUAAAAAAGCACAUGGUGAUGAGUGUGAAAGGACUCCUAGAAGAUAAAUGUUCUUUCAAAAUUAUCUGGUGGUGAGUUGUGGUGGCACAGAGGAUUCCUAGAGGACAAAUCUUCUUUCAAAAAAUCACCUGGUGGUAUGAAAAAACUCCUAGAAGACAAAUGUUCUUUCAAAUUCAUCUGGUGGUGAGUAUGAAAGGACUCCUAGAGGACAAAUGUUCUUUCAAGAUCUCCUGGUGGUGAGUUGUGGUGGCACAGAGAAGGGUGAGAGGAUUCCUAGAGGACAGAUGUUCUUGGCAGGUGUGUGUCUGCUCACAUUCCUUGGGAUCAGCCUGCUGGCAGGGGUUGGGAAAACCUCUGGAAACUUGAAAAACCAGCCUGAAAUCAGACUGUUGGCUCAGGUACCUUAACGAGGCACAAAACAAAUUCACCUCAUGGGAAGGAUGGAGGGGAGUGGCUGAACAUCUGCUGAAAGGUGCCACCAACCACGUGGCUUUGGGAUGGAAUUGCAGAUUUUUCCUGCAUUUUUGGGAAUCUGGGGUGCUACUAAAGCUUUACCUUCUUAGAAAUGUUUUAGUUCCUCCUUCAACUUUAUAAAAUUUGACUCACACCCAGCACAAAGAUUCUGGAAAUGUCAUUUUGAUGUAUUAGAUAAUUUAAAAAAAAAAGAAAAAAAGGAUAUUCCCUAUAUAUAUAAUUAAUUGUUGUCAGGGUUAAGCUGUAUUCCUUUUUUAAUUAAGGAUCUAUGUUGUGAAUUAUAAUGUUAUACUUCAAUUAUUUCUGUUGCUAUCAAAAGGAAUAGCAGAUCUGGAAUAUAUUCCUUAAUGCUUUUAGGAAUAAUAACUGUUCUUGGAAGACUUGUGCCUGUUUUUAGCCUUAGAAGUUCUAAAUGUUUACAAUAUCUACAAAAAAAAGCUCUUUAGAACCAGGUCAUUUACAAAGGCUUUUGGUAAAUGAGAAAACCCUGUCUGUAUGUUCCUAUUAGCAGUGGUAAGAGGAAUAUUUAAUGUAUAUUAUUUUAUUACUGACUCUUUUUACAUUCUGUGAUAUUAAACUUUAUUUUAGACUUAAAGUCAGAUGAUAUUAAACAAGUGCUUCCUUCACCUCACCUUUUCCAGACAAUUUAACCUUCAUUUUAUCCUUCUUGUUGACCCUUCUUGGUGUCACAGAAGGAGAAACAAAAUUCAGACUUCAUAUUCAGAUACUUCUCCACUCUAAAGCAGUAGGAAAUUUCUUUCCAUGCUGGAAGAGGCAGCCACUGCAGAAUUAUAAUUUCUCCAGAAGAUCAUUUUUGUAUUUCUGCCAUGAGCAACCACAUCCCAAAUUUCAACUACUGAAUUCAGCCCAAAAUUAAAGGGAGAAAAAUCUGAAAAUCUUAUUGUUUUGUGAGGUACAGAAAACUCCAACCUGCUUGAAGAGGCUUCAAAAUAAUCUUAAAGAAAGAGACAAAGUACAUAUUUGCAUAUUGCAUUCCAUUGGAUUAAUUAAUCCAAGAAUAUUGCUUAAUUAAACUUCUGACCAAAAUUCUUAAGAAACAUUAAUAAAUUCUCAGGUUUCUGAGGCAAUUUUUAGAAUAACUCAAAGAACUUAAGGAUCAAAUUGUCUUGCAGAAAAACAGCCCUUUUUUUUUUUUAAAAGUUAAACUGAGUUAAACUUCCCCUGCAAGGAGGGCAAGUUUUGCUUGGUUUCUUUGUUGCCUUCAUUUUUUCUUUCUUUCCAAGGAAUCUAAACUGCAAACCACAAUUUCUUAUAAAAUUAAAUAACAUCUUAAAGCUGAGCUUUACAAAGCUUUGGCUGCUUGUGCACUUCAGAUAUUCAGGAUUUCAGAUGUUCAGAAUUACAGAUAUUUACAAUAUUCAGAUUACAAUGAGAAUUGCAGUUUUACUGGAAUUUUCAGAGGGAUUUUUUACCACUUCCCAUAAAUAUCUUUACAGAACUCUGGCUGGAAUUCCAACCAUUGCAGAAAUGGAUCACAAGUUGAUUUUCAGAGUGUUUUCUGGUUUGGCUUUAGGAAUUUCCCUGCUAUUGUUCAGGAGAAGCUGUGAUGACAGAAUUCCUGUUUCAGUCAUUUUUGUCACUCCUUAAUAUGCACACACUGGGAUUCUGUAACUUUUUCCUAUUCAUUGUUUAAUUAAUUAAGGAAGGCAACCCAACCAAAAAGAGAAAAUUAAAAUCUUGGUCUGUAUCUUAAUCCAAGUUCUCAUCCUCCUGAAGACAUUAAGUGCAAUACUGGAAAUGAAGACAUGAAUUUAAGCCCACAAGCUUUAAUCAGUGCUGGGAUUUGUGAUUUGUCCAGGUUAACAAUAUUUUCAUUGUCCCAAGCAGUCUUUGUUUACAAGGAUUUAGCUGCUCUUGCCCAACCUGGGCUCAUUUUUGGGAGAAGCAGAAGAAUUGUGCAGGUGGAUGGCAGAAGGGUGUAAUCUAAAAUCUGGGUUAUAUAAUGUGACUGAUUCUCUUUUCUGGGCCUGUAGCUUCAGAAAUUUUGCAACAAAAAAUGGGAGUGGCUGAUCUACUAAAUCCAUGUGUGAGAGGACUGAGGAUUUUUGUGUAGAAUUGUAUGUAAACUAUGGAAUACUGUUUUUUUUUUCCUUUAGGAUAUUUCUUUAGAUCUGCUUUAUAUAUGGGCAGGCCAGAGUUUUGCUAACACAUAUUUUUCUGUGCUCCCUUAGCUUUUUUUUUUGCCACUUUUCCACCCUCACACCCCCAAAUCCCUGUGUUUGUGAGCAGUAAAUGGCCUCCUGUCCAUCUGAAUAUUGGAGGAAUGGUGGGACAGUUGAGGGAUAUUUAUUUAAAAUUAGAAUUGUUAACUAUUUUUUACAUUGCUGUGAAAAAAAACAUGACAAGACCAAUUUUUUUUAACAUUCUCUUUAUAUCCAUUGUGGAGUGGUUCUUAACAGGGAACAAAGGGAGGUCUCAUAUGAAACUGGGUGGCCAAAUCCACAGCAUACAAAAUGUUUUUGCAUCUGUUUUACGCUUGUGAAAUAGGAAGGCAAAAAAAAGAAAAUAAAAAUAGGAAAAUAAGAAAAUUUUAAAAAAGGAAAACAACCCUUAUGAAGCACUCAAAAAUGACAUGAAAAGGUGUUUAUGCUGCUGAGCUCAAGAGCUUAAAAAAAAUCUAAAAAUAACUUCUAGACUUGGUGUAGACUUUUAACUUGAAUACCCAAUAUUCUGCACAGGAAUCUGAAAUGUAUUCCUUGCUGAACUUCCAUCCUCCUCAGAGGAAAGUGAAGGUGCUGCCAGCUUUGAUCUGGGGAGCCUUUGUGCCAUAAACAGAUCCUCUGUGGUCCUUGUGCUGGAUUUUUAAUUUAAAAUUUUAUUUUAACCUAUAAUGAGGGAUCAGUUCUGCAUCUAUGAGAGUGCAAGUUCUUUUGUUUUUUUUUUAAGCACUUCAGGUUUAAUUACCUUAAAAGCAGUGAAUUAUUGCAGGAAUUUCUGCAUCACCCCUUUUGAGGGACUUUUUUUUUUUUUUUAAGUUUUGGUAAUUCUGCUUGGGAGACACCUCAUGAUGUAAUACAUAUGCAAAUACCUGAAUUUGUUAUUGUGAGUAUUUUUGGUUGGCAGUAGCACCUAAACCUGGCCUUGGAGGAGUGUUAGAAUUCCAGCAAACUGAAGGAUGUGGGGAUCUUAAAGUGCUCUGAGAGCUUUGUUAAACCCUGAUGUGGAUUUUAAACUGCUCUGAGAGCUUUGUUAAACCCUGAUGUGGAUUUUAAACUGCUCUGAGAGCUUUGUUAAACCCUGAUAAAUUUUCCCAGUGAGCUGAUUUCCAGUGUCCUGAGCACUGGUUUUUAGAAAUAAGGGAGUGGGAGUGAAUUCAUUCCCCAGGGACAAUCCUCACUACCUCUAAAGGAAACUUUGAGAUCCCAAUCCCCACUCCCCCAUUUGUCAGAUGAUUCCCAGUUAAUGACUCUAACUGGAUCCCCUCAGCCCCUUCUUUGCUUUAACAGCUACAAUUCCACCUGCAGGAAAUUUCUCUCUUCUCUGCUGCACCCUCAGAUUUGUUUGCCAGGUGAUUACACAGCCUGUUUUAAACUUAUUAUUAAACUAAUAAUUUAAUAUCACAGUGUGGUGACUGCUGGUUGCUAAAGAAUCUUUUUUAUAAAAUCUCAUUACUCUCAAAAAUACCUGAAUAAAUGUAUUAAACAGAGGAAACAAUCAUCUAAUUUCACUCUUCUGCUUUAUUUUUUUUUUCUAAUGACUGUUAAGAAAUAUAAAUUCUUACUUCUUUUAAGGGCUUACAUAGGAAUAUGUAUUCAGCCUAACAACUCUGUUUUGGGCCUUGCUGUGAGCUACAUGAUCCCUCAUUUGUUUUGGUUUUUGGGGUUUUUUUUCCCUAAAAAGCUAAUUACUGAUAUAAUUAAAGAUUUUGUAGCUUCACUUGGCAUUUGCAAGCCCUGAGAGCCCUCAUUCCCAGGUUUAUCCUCACUGCUCAUUAUUCAGAGAUGACAGGGGACAUGAUGAGGGGGAUGAUGGAAAAAUUCUGACAGAGCUGGCUGUUCCCAUUGCAGAGCUGAUUUCUUUCACUUCUUUUCAUUUACCCUGGACAAUUUAUAGACCCCACUGGCUUAAAGAUGUGGUUGGCAUUACUGAGCCCUCAAGAUGUUUUUAGGUUUUUCACACACAGAACAGAAGACCCAGGAUAGUUCUAAGUUUUGGGCUAUGAAAAAAAGCAAAACAAAAAACCCUCCAAUCUUUCAUUAUCUUUCUGCAAAUAAGCUGAUUUCAGAGGAGAAUUCUGUUCUGUUAUUAUCUCCUGUAUAUAAUUCUCUAACUGGAAAUCACUUUCCAGAACAGCAGUUUGUAGUCAUUUUACUUACACAGGCUUAGUAUAAGUUUACCUCCACUUUCACUGUGACUUUUAUAAAUGGAUUUUGUUUUGCUGAAUUAUAAAUUGUAUGUGUCUAUGCAUUGUAACCCGUAAUGCCUUUGAAAAUCCAGCCUGGAUGCUAAUGAUCAGGGUUUGGAAUUAUCUCCAAAUGUGUUUUGUUAAUAAUUAUGUUGAUGUGUGCUGUUUAAUACUGUGAGUACUGCAGUGUAUUAUUUCUUAAUACCUUUGACUUUUCAGUUCAGGUAAUAUAAAGUCUGUAUGUUUUUUAUUUAAAACACAUAGAAGAAAAUGUGGAUAUAAAGGUUGUGUUGUGCAAUAAAAGAUUAUGAUACUGAAGACUGUUGGAA